AGGUUCUUCCACUACCGGCCUUAGCCACACACCCUUGAACAAAGCCCAAGCAACGACGGUCAAGUUUAUUACAAUUUUGGCUUGAAUGUUCUACUCACCACUUUUUAUGGCAGCCGAUGUAGCAGUUUCAAUUAUGAUAAUGCAGCUCUAGUCCCUACGAUUUCUCUCAGACACGGUGGUGGCUUUGAAACUCACGGCCUGAAUUAUUUAGGUUGGACCUGGCGUGGUAAUAGCAGCCGAGCGCCUACAACAGCCGCAGCUGCCACUAGCCUGCAAUUGGACAGGGUAGGAGUGCGCUUUGCAAAGCAGCCCGCCAAUCCCAACUCGUGCAGCUCCCAUUGAAGGCAACGGACUGAUUACGACGUACUGUACCUAAGGUGCCGUACCUUUGAGUCCACGAAGCACCAUCCAAACAACAACCAAUACCGCCGCUUGCAACCACCAGCUAUUUGAAUUAUUCACCAAAACCUCGCAACCGAGCAGCUUGCAUCGACCGGUAGAUAUCCAGGAACGAAACGCAAACCCAAUUUCCGAUCGUCGCAUCAUUCCCACCGGAUCCCGGGAUUCUCAAUCCCCAACGCCAUCAUGCCUUCCGCAACGGGUCAGAACUGGGAAAAGUACCAGAAAAACUUCGCAGAUGACGAGAUCGAGGAGAAGAAGAUCACACCUCUUUCCGAUGAAGAUAUCCAGGUUCUCAAGACAUACGGCGCUGCACCAUAUGGUGCCGCCCUCAAGAAACUGGAACAACAAAUAAAAGAGAAGCAGCAGAGCGUUGACGAGAAGAUCGGUGUCAAGGAAUCGGACACAGGACUCGCGCCGCCACAUCUCUGGGAUGUAGCCGCCGACCGACAACGGAUGUUGGAGGAGCAACCGCUUCAGGUAGCGCGGUGUACCAAGAUCAUCCAGGACGAAAAGGACGAGUCGAAGAGCAAAUAUGUCAUCAACGUCAAGCAGAUCGCCAAGUUCGUCGUGCAGCUUGGCGAGCGCGUCAGUCCGACGGAUAUUGAGGAAGGGAUGCGUGUUGGCGUGGACAGGAACAAAUACCAGAUCCUCCUGCCUUUGCCCCCCAAGAUCGAUGCCAGCGUUACCAUGAUGACCGUCGAGGAGAAACCCGACGUAACCUACGGUGACGUGGGUGGUUGCAAGGAGCAAGUUGAGAAACUUCGUGAGGUCGUCGAGAUGCCUCUGCUGUCACCAGAGCGAUUCGUGAACCUCGGUAUCGACCCGCCAAAGGGCGCAUUGCUCUACGGACCUCCUGGAACAGGAAAGACGUUGUGCGCUCGGGCAGUUGCAAACAGGACAGAUGCUACGUUCAUCCGCGUCAUCGGAAGCGAACUGGUGCAGAAGUACGUGGGUGAGGGCGCCCGUAUGGUUCGAGAGUUGUUCGAAAUGGCAAGGACGAAAAAGGCAUGCAUUAUCUUCUUCGACGAAAUCGACGCUGUUGGUGGAGCACGUUUCGACGACGGUGCCGGUGGUGACAACGAAGUCCAGCGCACUAUGCUGGAGCUGAUUACCCAGCUUGAUGGUUUUGAUGCUCGUGGAAAUAUCAAGGUCAUGUUUGCCACCAACAGGCCUUCCACUCUCGACCCCGCCCUGAUGAGGCCUGGACGUAUCGACCGCAAGAUCGAGUUUUCUCUGCCCGACCUUGAGGGGCGUGCCAACAUUCUCAGGAUCCACGCCAAGAGCAUGUCGGUCGAGCGUGACAUCCGAUGGGAGCUCAUAUCACGCCUUUGCCCCAAUGCCACAGGUGCCGAGCUCCGAAGUGUGUGCACAGAGGCCGGUAUGUUUGCCAUCAGGGCCAGGAGGAAGGUGGCGACGGAGAAGGACUUCCUCAGCGCGGUUGAGAAGGUCAUCAAGGGCAACCUCAAGUUCAACUCUACUGCCUCAUACAUGCAGUACAACUAAUCGUUCUUUUCUUUCUUUGCGUUGGGAAAGAUCGCUUGCAUCAAGGCCCGCGGCAAACGGCGUCGGGCGCAUAGUUUUAGCCAGGAACCCAGAUACGCACUGGUUGUACUAGUAGUUAGACACACUUCCCCAGGUAUCGCGGUACUUGAUUUCAUGAAUCUUUAGAUGAGAUCCUAGACAGGCGAAUGUGCGUGAUCCGCUAUAUACAUUAAGUCCUCAUGAUUGGAG